AUGACGGAGGUAGACCCUAGGUGGCAGUACAGUCCCGCAAAACUAAAUUCGGCCCAAGAGGAAGUGAGCGAAAUGGGAGAAACAGAGUUACCCUGGCGACCACCACGGGUUUGUGAUGUCUACCUGGACGAAUUUAAACACUGCAAGAGUUUAAGCAACCGUUUCCAUCACUACUAUACGUACGGGACGUCACCCGUCUGCCAGCAGUGGAAAGAUGACCACGAAGCGUGCAGAGAGUGGGAGAGGACUCGCAGUCUACACGCCAAGGAGAAUCUUCAGGAAAGUGAGAGAAAUCGAGUGUCUGAACAGAAGAAGUUCUCUCCAUACUGGGAGAUGAGACAAAAACCACCAUCUGACUGGCAUUUACCCCUGAACGAGGACAAAAUAAAAGAUUCGUAAAGGGACUGUAAAGUGUUAUCAUAUCAAAUAUUUGUCCUUUUUGCUUGUCUUUUUAUUUAUUCAGUUUCUUCCAUCUUCCAUCAGUACUCUGGGUAGCCUUCGAACAUCCAAGAACUGCCCUGUCGACCCAUAUGUAUGCUUUAUUGUUUUUAUGUGGAAUUUUUUCAAAAUCAUCACUUGUAUGAUGGUCAUGGCUUCUGUAUAAUUACUGUCACAGAUGCUUCAAGAUGUAGUUUUAUAUGAAUGGUUUAAACACUUGAGGUUGAUUAGUAUUGUUAGUUUGUAACCUGAAACUGUGAAGUGUGUGCCAUUUGGUUCAAAUAAAGACCUUUAUUUAAAAGA